AACAACAACAACAACAACAACUUUAUUCCCAACAACUUCAAUAUUUUCAAUUACAACAACAACAACAACAACAACAACAACAACAACAGCAACAACAACAACAUAAUCAAAUGAUUCAACAAUCUCGUGUUAUUUCACGUACGAUAUCUUCAAUUAAUAAUGUUUCUCAACAACAACAUCAUUCAACUCCUAUGAAUAUUACCCCUUCUCAUGUUGUUCCAACUCAAACUUUGAAUGUUCAACCUCUUAUUUCUUUGGAUUCAACAAUGCAAGAUGUAUCUCAAUCAAUAGCCGAGUUUUCAAUGCCCAAUGAUUUACCAAUCGAUUUUUCUCUUGAUCAAUCUCCUACCAUUUGUUAUGAUAGUGAUAAAAAAUCUUGUCAAAAAAAUAGUGUUCGUAAUGAUGUUUUCUUCUCUGAUCCUAUGAUAGAAGAUACGGAAGAAGUUCUUCAUUUUGAUAGUGAUUCUUCUUCUGAUACUGAUAUUUUGACUCCUCGUCAAAGAUAUUCUCCUCCUUUGAGUCCUAUCGAUUUUGGUGAUGAUUUAAUAUGGAAUAUGUUGGAUUUAUCAAAAGAUAAACCUUUUACUGAAACUACUUCAACAAAUAUGUCAGAAGUUGCUACUGUUUCUUCUACUUCUUCUGAUUUAAAUGUUAAUGUUUCUAAAUCAUCUGAUAUUAUUUCAUCACCUGUUACUACUAUUCCUCCUCCUCCUUCUUCUAUGAAUGUUUCAAUUACUUCCUCAUCUAAUUCUUCUUCUUCAUCAAAUCUAACUACUAUUGAUCCUACCCUUAUUCGUACCACUCCAGAAACAAUUGAUCCAAGAUUUAUUGAAACUACUUCUUCAAAUUCUGUUUCUCCUCAAAAUGUUGUAGUUAAAAAACUUCCUCCUUCAGUUAUUACUCGUCCAAAUCAUAUUGAAUUCGGUGAUGGUAUACCAAGUCCUCCAUUAAGAACUCCUGAACUUGUUAGUGAUCAUAGUAUUAAACGUAGAUUAUCUUGUGAAUCUUCAUCUGAUGAUGAUAUUUCUGAUGCUGAAUCUAAUGAUAAGAGAGCACAAAAGAAAUUUAAAGUUGAUAUUAAAAAGUCCAUUAAAAUUAAUGAUGAUAAACAAAAUGAUGAAGAUGAAGAUGAAGAAAGUGAUAGUGAAGAAUUUUCUUCCGUAAAUGAUAAUGAUGAAGAUAUGGAUUCUGCUAAUGAAACUCAAGAUAUUAGUGACACUGUUACUGAUGAAUAUCAUUAUAGUAGUGAUACUGAAUCUGAAGAAGAUGAUGACGAAGAAUAUCGUCCAUCAAACAAUAACAAGAAAUCUCGUACGAGAAAGGUUGUUAAAUCUCAAGGAAAAGCAAGAGCCGCAUUAUCAAAAGGUUCUCCAAAAACCAAGUCAAGUUCAAUCAAGAACAAAUCAAAAGUGUUGUUGUCAACGAAACGUGGAAAGCAAUCUUCAAAGACUUCUAAACCUUCAUCAAAACGAUCAAGUGGAGCAAACACUCCCGCUUCAUUACCAAUUGAAAGUCCUCCACAAUGUUUCGCAACACCUGUUGAAGAAUCUAAUGAAAUGGAAGGACUCGAAGUAACAUCUCCUCGUCCUACCCAAUCUCCAACAAUCUUUCAAACCUUAACAAAGUCUGGAAUUGAUUGGUGUAGAUAUUGUGGUACCACUGAAGGUGUCAACUGGAGACCUGGUCCAUGGGGAAAACGAACUUUGUGCAAUAAACAUGGUUGUGAUUAUAAGGGAUACGGGUUCGCCUGUAAAUUACCAAGGUUGGACUUAACCGGGUUUGUCAAUGAAUCUGUUGAAGAUAGAGAUCGUCCUGUAUUGCAGCUCUUCUGCACCGUUUGCCAAAAACAAGAAUCCUAUAUGAGCAACGUGCUAGUUCGAUGUGAAGGAUGCUUUAAAGCAUUCCAUCAAAAAUGCUUCUCAUCUCAAAUCACUGAUGAAACAGUGUCGAGCUCGGAACAAUGGUUCUGUGAAGCCGGUUGUUCAGAUAAUGUUCGCAGAAAGCGUAUCGUCGUCGAACUUCCAAGAAAGAAACUUCCAUUGAUGUCAACACCUAAAGUUCAAGUACCAGUACCAAAUAUCGAAACCGGUUCAGUACCUUCAGGUACUACUUCUCGACCAAGAACAUCUCGCAACUCUUCAAGAGUUUAAAUUAAACUCUUCGAGAAGAAUGGGGAUAUUUAUAACAUCAAUUAAAUUUCAUUUUUUUUUUUGGACAAUCGAUUAUCAUUUCGUGACAACGGUAAAAAUCGAACAAUUGUUUAACUUGCUCGAGUAGCAAGUUUUUGACGAAAUUUCAAUUUCUUUUUCUUUUUCUUUUUUUCUUCUUU